AUCGAAAUAAAAUUUAGGGCUCACCUUCAUUUUUCCUAUAUUGUUGGGUCUUUAACUGUAAUCGCAGCCAACCAAAAAGUACCUUUUUCCUUCAUUCAUCUUCAGACUUCCAACUAUCAGUCUUUCACAACAAGGCAGGAACGACCAUCAGAAGCAGGAGAAACCUAUUUAUCUCUUUCGCUACAUUUUUCGUUCUGAGUGAUUUCCCAAAUGAGAGACUUUCAAAGAUUUUCAUCUUGUAUUCUGAGUGUCAUGGUGUUUACAUUUCUCAUUGAUACAACAAGUUUAUUCGUUAGUGGUGAAGGAGGAGGAUUCUCAGGAGAUUAUUCAAAACUAUCUGGGAUAAUAAUACCAGGUUACGCUUCAACACAGCUUAGAGCUUGGUCUAUUCUUGAUUGCCCUUACUCUCCUCUCGAUUUUAACCCUCUUGAUGCUGUCUGGCUUGACUCCACAAAACUUCUUUCUGCGGUAAAUUGUUGGUUGAAGUGUAUGUUGUUAGACCCUUACAAUCAAACUGAUCACCCUGAAUGCAAAUCAAGACCUGAUAGUGGUCUUUCUGCGAUUACGGAGCUUGAGCCUGGAUACAUUACAGGUCCUCUUUCUUCAGUGUGGAAAGAAUGGGUUAGAUGGUGCAUUGAGUUUGGAAUUGAGGCAAAUGCAAUCAUUGCUGUUCCGUAUGAUUGGAGGUUGUCAGCAUCAAUGCUGGAAGAGAGAGAUCUUUACUUUCACAAGCUAAAGUUUGUUCACAACUGCCACUUUAUGUUUUAUGUGAUUACUUUUGAAACAGCACUCAAACUUCGCGGGGGACCCUCCAUAGUUUUUGCCCAUUCCCUGGGAAACAAUGUGUUCCGCUACUUUUUAGAAUGGUUAAAGCUCGAAAUUGCACCAAAACAGUACCUUCAAUGGCUUGAUGACCACAUACAUGCCUAUUUUGCCGUUGGAGCCCCUCUUCUUGGUUCGUGUGAGGCAGUUAAAGCGACUCUCUCUGGAGAAACAUUUGGCCUUCCAGUUAGCGAGGGUACGGCGCGAUUAAUGUUUAACUCUUUUGGUUCUGCACUAUGGAUGAUGCCAUUUUCUAAGUACUGUAGGUCUGAUAAUGUUUAUUGGAAGAAUUUUUUUGAGGGAAAAGGAAAGGGUAACCAUAAGUACCAUUGUGAUGACAUGGAAUUUCAUCUAAACUACUCUGGAUGGCCAACAAAUAUUGUGAAUAUUGAAAUUCCUACCAAAAGAGGUGGUAAAACGUAUCCGUCAAUUACAGAAGAAACUCUGUCCAACCUUUCUAGCAUGGAGUGUGGGCUCCCUGCUCAGUUAUCCUUUUCUGCUCGAGAAGUGUCUGAUGGAACUCUUUUCAAAGCAAUGGAGGAUUACGAUCCAGACAGCAAAAGGCUCAUCUAUCAACUAGAGAAGUUGUAUCAUGGCGAUCCAGUGCUGAAUCCCCUUACACCUUGGGACAGACCUCCAUUGAAGAAUGUCUUUUGCAUCUAUGGCAUAGAUUCAAAGACAGAGGUUGGGUAUUAUUUCGCUCCAAGUGGCAAGCCAUAUCCCGAUAAUUGGAUCAUAACUGAUGUCAUUUAUGAGCAUGAAGGAGGUCUGUUUUCAAGGUCAGGGAACUCGGUAGACGGGAAUCCAGGAGUUAAAAGUGGAGAUGACACGGUGCCAUAUCAUUCCCUGUCCUGGUGCAAGACUUGGCUUGGACCUAAAGUGAACAUUACAAGGGCUCCUCAGUCAGAGCAUGAUGGAUCUGAUGUACAAGAGGAUCUGAACGUAGAGCAUCUCUAUGACACAGAUAUAGUUCCAAACAUGACAAGGACCCCUCGUGUGAAGUACAUAACAUAUUAUGAAGAUUCCGAAAGUCUUCCAGGAAAAAGAACAGCAGUUUGGGAGGUCGAUAAAGCAAGUCACAGGAACAUUGUUCGAUCUCCAGUUCUAAUGCGAGAGCUGUGGCUUCAGAUGUGGCAUGACAUUCAUCCCGAUGCAAAAUCAAAAUUUGUGACAAAAGCUAAACGAGGACCAUUGAGAAAUGAGGACUGUUAUUGGGAUUAUGGAAAAGCUCGGUGUGCCUGGCCUGAACACUGCGAAUAUAGGUAUCUUUUUGGGGAUGUUCAUCUGGGGCAGAGCUGUAGAUUGAAGAAUAGUUCAGCAGAUUCUCUUUUGCAUUAUCUAUAGAUAUAGAUUGUAAGUAUAUAUUCCACUUACCCUCUCUUCUGGGAACUCUCUUCUGUGGGCUCAGCCGGCUCAGAAAUCGUCUCGGGUACGUAUCAGACCAGUGAGCUUGUGACAUAUUGACAUAUUCUCACAUUAAAUACCUAUAGAUUGGACAGCAAGAUUCAUCCUCCUUCCACAGGUGUAAUUGUAUUUUCUGAUUUUCCUUUACUAGAGAAUAACGCUAAUGUCUGUGCAAAACUAGGGAGUCUAUGUUUAUUGUAGUAUCAUUGUACAUACCUUAAUGUAAAUCGAGUUUUUUUU